GAGGCCAGGAGAAUUCAGUCAUCUUAAUCCUCUCCCUCUCUAUCACCUCAAUCUCUGCAGUAAAAAACUUGACAACAGAAAACGAAAGGAAAGGAAAAAAAAAGAGUGGGACUUGAUGUAUGUUAUGAGCCAUGAGAGCAUGGCCUUGGGCUCGUUCUGCCUGGGGAAACAACAAAAACUGAUUGAUAUGAAGCUGGUGAACUUUUAGCUUUGUAUGGGCAUCGUUUAAAUCACGUACGAGAUGAUGUUCUUCAAUUUGAAAGCGAUUCUUCCUUCAAUCGGCUAUCAAUUUUGAUUACUUGCAAAUUAAGAAUGAACACUCCGAACACAUUGUGCUAUCGUUCGCCACAUGCGAUGCAGCAACCUGCAGCAGAGUCGGCGUCACAUUCAUGCUUUGCAGAGAUGACUAAUAAUAAUUAUGUCUCUAUUUCAACUCCAUCUUUCAUCCCCACUGACGACGACACAAAUAAUUACUUCGAAGACAAGCUAAGGGAACUAGAAAGCGUUAUGCUCGGACCAGACCCAGACCCAGACCCGGAAAUUGAUCCUCAAGAAACGGUUUGUUGGACCCAAAUGAUGGAGGCAAUAACAGGCGGGGAUAUAAAACAGGUUCUAAUCGCAUGCGCAAAAGCGGUUUCGGUGAGCGACUGGUCCGCCGCGAGAUGUUUGGUGGGCGAGCUACGGAAAAUGGUUUCCGUGACAGGUGACCCAAUCCAGAGGGUCGGAGCGUACAUGCUAGACGGACUUGUGGCGCGUUUGGCGGCACCGGGGAGUUACAUCUACACGUCCAUGGGAUUCCGAGACCCGAGAUUUUUCGAAACUGUUACGUUCAGCCACAUCUUAUACGAGGUCUGCCCGUACUUUAAAUUCGGCCACAUGUCGGCUAAUGGUUCCAUUGCAGACGCCAUGAAGGGUGAAGCCCGGGUUCACAUAAUCGACUUCCAAAUCGGCCAAGGCAACCAAUGGGUGAGCCUGAUACAAGCUUUUGCCAGACGCCCAGGCGGGCCACCCCACAUCAGAAUGACCGGGAUAGAUGGGAUUUCAUCUUCGGCAGAUGAUGGCGUGGGGGUCAAGCUAUCCCAUCUGGCUGCGUCCUGCAAGGUCCCAUUCGAUUUCCACCACGCGUACAUGUACGAAAACGAGGUCCGUCUAGAGAACCUGAGGAUCCACCCUGGGGAAGCACUGGCCGUGAACUUCGGGUUCAUUUUACACCGCGUGCCGGAUGAGAGUGUGAGCACACAGAACCACCGGGACCGGCUGCUGAGGCAAGUGAGGAGCUUGAACCCGAAGGUGGUCACCCUCGUGGAGCAAGAAUCCAACACCAACACGGCCCCUUUCCUGCCCAGGUUCCUUGAGACCUUGGAUUACUACACAGCUGUGUUCGAGUCCAUUGACGCCACUCUCCAAAGGGAUCACAAGAACCGCAUACUCGUGGAGCAGCAUUGUUUGGCGAAAGGAGUUGUCAACGUAGUCUCUUGUGAGGGGACGGAUAGGGUGGAGAGGCACGAGGUUAUGGGGAAGUGGAAAUCGCGGUUUUUGAUGGCCGGUUUUCGCCCAUACCCUUUGAACCCUCAAGUGAACCGGACAAUCAAGGAACUAUUAGCCAACUAUUCCAACACGUAUAGGCUUGAAGUGAGGAAUGACACCCUUUAUCUUGGUUGGAAGGAUAGGGACUUGGUUGCCUCUUGUGCAUGGAAAUAAUCAAUCUAUAAAAAAGCAAGCAUUGUAUAGCUAGCUAGCGUGGACACUUUCUUUUUAAUGAUUUUUAUUUGUUUCAUUUCUUUGCAACAAUGGCUAAAUGUUAUCGUAUAUAACUAUGUAUCUAAGAAGCUGUUCUCUUCACCUGAUCUGAAUGUUUC